GGCCUGUCUCUUCAAUAAAGGCAGGACCUUUCCCUGUUUUACUUUUAAAUCAGACACCCUCCUAAAACCCUAAUCCGCGCCUCUUCUCUUGAACUCUGCUCGGUUCCAACUUUCAAGUCUCAUUUUUGUAUAGUUGCGCGGCUUUUUGGUCCAUAUCUGGGUCUAAUGGCUUCUAAUACUGAUCUACCGCCAGGUGUGGACAAAGAGCAGGUUUAUGGCAUGCUAGCUAUGGAGAUGGAGUAUAAAGUAGAGCUGUUUAACAGGCUUGCUAUGGCAUGUUUCAACAAGUGUGUUGAUAAGAGGUACAAGGAACCCGAGCUAACUAUGGGUGAAAAUAGUUGUAUUGACCGCUGUGUCUCAAAAUAUUUUCUGGUGAAUGGUAUAAUCGGCCAGAUGCUCAGCGCGGGUCAGCGUCCGAUGUGAAGCUUAUGCUUAUAAUUUGGAAAUUUUGUUCUAAACGAAGACAUGGUCUAGAGUAGGGAGGAGAGGAGACUGAAACAGUGUGCUUUUCUGUGUAACAGCCUCCUAAUCCAAAGGUCACUCUUGUGCUCCAGAAUUAGCGACCUUUUUAGCUGCUUUAAUAAAAUCUUUAAGCCCAGUAGUGAAUAAUUUUUUUUUUUUAUCAAUGUAUUAUGAUGAUUAUAUUAUUUGUCAUUUAUUUGUGUUACCUGGAAGAACAUGAUACGGCGUAAGAAUAGCAUUUUUCAACUCUUCUUUAUUUUGAGGAAAAA